ACGAUGGUCGUCUCUGGUUUGCCUUCUUCUGACUUCUCCUCUCUCUCUCUUUCUCUCUCUCCGUACCAAAAAAACAGCUUCAGAUUUCUCUCUGAAUCUUUGUUUUUUAUAUUAUUGUUAAAUAUUUUGAUAUUUUGAUGAGUGUUGUCUUGCUCUUUUGGUUUUGUUGGAAAAAAGAAAAGAAAAGGAAAACUAACUUAUCAAUUGAUUUGAUAGUGGCAUUUCGGUCCAAGUUUGAAUAUUCUUCCAAAAAUUCAAUAAAAAGAAAAUUGAUUUGCCAAUUUUGCCAUUUGUUGCUUACGUAAUAACGGUGUAGCCAAUGCCAAUGUAGGUGUAGCGCGCGCUAUCCAGUAACCAUCUGUUGAAUAGUGUUAGAUUCUUUGUGGAGGAGAGAGAAAGAAAGAAAUAUUCUUUGUGGGUUCAAUUCUCACAUACACAGGCGCUCUCGCGGCUGUUCUGCGCCGAAUAUUCAUAUAGAACUAAUGGCUGCGCACACUUCUGGAACAAUACAGGAAGAUGCUGCAAUAAGAGGGGGAGAUAAGCUCAUAUUAAGGGGCUUGAAGUUCCAUGGUUUUCAUGGAGUGAAGCCAGAAGAAAGGACGCUGGGUCAGAAAUUUGUGAUAGAUGUUGAUGCUUGGAUGGAUCUCCGGGAGGCUGGUAAAUCUGAUCGUUUGUCAGAUACCAUUAGUUACACCGAAAUUUAUCGCAUUGUAAAGGAAGUUGUAGAAGGGCCACCUCAUAAUCUUCUGGAGUCUGUGGCUCAACUCAUCGCAUCUACCACUCUGAAAAAUUAUCCCCAGAUAUCUGCUGUCUCUGUGAAAGUUGGGAAGCCGCAUGUCGCUGUUCAUGGUCCUCUUGACUACUUGGGUGUCGAGAUAUUUAGAUACAGAAGUGUUGAUGCGCCAAACUAAGAUUUUAUUCGUUACUCAAAAAGAGGCAAAUCUAUGCCCCUUGUGACAGCCUGACACAUUUGACUUGGGUGUUAUUUUGUUUUCUUCUCUUUUGAACUUGUUUGCGGGGAUCCUUGUUCCGUAUCUUGAUCCAGCGACAGUUAUUGUUUAUGUAGUUCUUUCUUGUGCUUAUCCUGAUUUUUCACUUGGGAUUUCA